CAGCUCAUCACUUGCAACACAGGGUCUUAGCCAGCCAAAGCCAGUUGCCGCAUGCCCACCACCAUGGCCCAUCAUGGGCCACCAGCGGUAGCGCUACAUCUACUGCUACAAAUCCACCUCGCAGUCAUGGUGUGCUCGCUUCUCCCUUCGUCAGCCGGUGCGUUCACCAGCAGCAACACUACUGCUGCUGCCGUGGCGCCGCGGGUCCCAUGCCUGCGAUCCCAGGAGAUGGCGCUGCUUCAGCUCAAACGCUCGUUUACUGCCACCGCCGACUCCAUCACGGCGUUCCGGUCAUGGAAGGUCGGCACGGACUGCUGCGGAUGGGCGGGCGUGCACUGCGGUAACGCCGACGGUCGUGUGAUUUCCCUUGACCUAGGGAGUUGGGGCCUGGAGAGCGCAGGUCUCAACCCUGCGCUUUUCGAUCUAACCUCCCUCAGGUACCUCAACCUUUCCUGGAACAAUUUCAAUUUGUCUGAACUUCCGUCCACCGGGUUUGAGCGAUUGACCAAUCUCACCAGUCUCAACCUCCCCAACACCAACUUUUCCGGUCAAAUUCCACACAACAUAGGCCGUCUCACCAACUUGGUCUCUCUUGACCUCUCCGUUUCCAUUGAAAUUGUAGAGUUGGCCGACGAUUGGUAUUAUAUGGUGGGUAGUCAAAACAUUGGGCAGCAAGCCGUGACAAACUUCACAUCCUUAGUUGCAAACCUCGGUAGUUUGAGGGAGCUUAAUCUUGGUGGUGUCGACCUGUUCCAGUCAACAGAUUGGUGUGAUGCUCUAUCCAUGUACGCUCGAAAUCUCCGUGUCCUUAGGUUGCCAUUUUGUAAUAUCCACGGACCAAUCUGUGGGACAUUCUCUGCUUUACGCUCACUAUACGUGAUUGAUCUCCACUAUAAUUUUUUGACCGGUCAAAUACCAGAUUUCUUUGCAAACUAUUCCUUGCUCAAUGUUCUCCAGCUUAGCUACAAUGACCUCGAAGGAUGGGUUUCUCCCAAAAUUUUUGAACAUAAGAAAUUGGUGACUAUCGAUCUUUACCGUAAUCCUAAACUCUCCGGUAGCCUCCCAAAUAUCUCAGCUGAUAGUUGUCUACAAAAUUUGCUGGUUGGUAGCACCAACUUCUCUAGUACAAUACCAAGUUCCAUUGGCAAAAUCAGAUCUUUGAAAAUGCUAGGCCUUGAUGCACCUGGAUUUUCUGGAAAUCUGCCCUCAUCAAUUGGCGAGCUCAAAUCCUUGAACACAUUGAAGGUAUCAGGAUUAAAUCUAGUAGGACCUAUGCCAUCAUGGAUCACAAACUUAACUUCCUUAAAGGUUCUUAAAUUUUCUCGAUGUGGCUUAUAUGGAUCAAUACCUUCUUACAUAGGUCAUUUGAUCAAACUAAAAACAUUUGCAGUCAUGCAAUGCGAAGCUUCAGGGGAGAUACCUCCACACAUCUUUAAUAUGACACAAUUAGAAGAACUAGACCUUGGUUCGAACAAUUUCACAGGAAUAGUGGAACUCAACUCGUUAUGGAGACUACCAAACCUAUCCCUCUUGGACCUAUCAAACAACAAGAUAGUAGUACAAGAGGGACAAGAAAAUUCUUCAAUGGUAUCCUUCCCUAACAUACAAUUCUUAAAAUUGGCGGCAUGUAGCAUCACUAAGUUCCCUAGCAUUUUAAAGCAUCUAAACGAUUGCAUAGGGCUUGACCUUUCAAAUAACCAAAUGCAUGGGGCCAUACCCCGGUGGGUAUGGGAAAAUUGGUGGACAGACCAAUCCUUUGGCCCUUUCUAUCUGAAUUUAUCACACAACAAUUUUACUAGUGUUGGCUACGAAACCUUUCUUCCUAUUUCUUUAGUAAAGCUGGAUCUCAGUUUCAACAUGUUUGAGGGGCCAAUACCCUUACCCCAAUAUUCUGCGCAAGUGAUUGAUUACUCUAGCAACAUGUUCUCAUCCAUGCCACAUAAUUUUUCUACUCAACUUCGACAUACUCACGUUUUCAAGGCGUCUCGAAACAACCUAUCAGGGAAUAUUCCAACAUCUUUCUGUAUUGUUUCUGAAUUUCUUGAUCUCUCUUACAAUACCUUUAAUGGUUCAGUCCCCUCUUGCCUGAUGGAGGAUGCCAAUCCAUUGCUAGUUCUAAAUCUCAAAGAAAAUCAACUUGAUGGAGAGCUUCCUGACACUAUCAACAAAAACUGCACUCUUGAGUUGCUAGAUAUAAGUAGCAAUCGUAUUGAAGGGCAGUUGCCUAAAUCUCUUGUGGCUUGCAAAAGAUUGGAGGUCCUUGCUAUCGCAAACAAUAACAUAACCGGCUCUUUUCCAUGUUGGAUGGGUACACUCCCAAGACUUCAAGUCCUCAUCCUAAAACACAACAAUUUCUUUGGAUUGGUGAUACCAUCUAGCGCCAAAGAAAAAAUCACUUGCGGAUUCCCAAGCCUUCGGAUUUUGGAUAUAUCCUACAAUAACUUCUCAGGCACACUGAACAAAGAAUGGCUUUCAAAAUUAAUAGGCAUGAUAGUCGAAGUUAGUAAUGAGACAAUGGUGAUGAAAUAUUACGCUACUCAAGCUGAAGUCUACCAGCUUAGCACUGAGCUCACAAGCAAAGGAUCAGAGCGCCAAUUUGAUGAGAUAUGGAGGACCCUUGGAGUCCUUGAUGUCUCAAAUAAUGCUUUCCAGGGAAGCAUCCCCGCAGAUAUCGGGGGGCUUGUUUUGCUGGACGUGCUCAACAUGUCACACAACUCCUUCACAGGGCCAAUUCCAUCUCAGCUCGGUCAUUUGACACACUUGGAGUCUUUGGACCUGUCCUCUAAUGCGCUUUCUGGGGAGAUCCCAUUGGAGUUAGCAUGGUUGGACUCACUCACAACAUUGAACCUGUCCAACAACAAACUGGUGGGAAGCAUACCAGAAUCACCUCAUUUCAUGACAUUCUCCAACAGUUCAUUUCUUGGAAAUGAAGAUUUGUGCGGGCCUCCACUGUCAAAAUUGUGCAACAACAAAGUAAUGUCAAAUGCGAAGAAGAAAUCUGUAGAUUUUAUAUUAUUCCUAUUUGUUGGAAUAGGAUUUGGUGUUGGAUUUGCGGUUGCAGUUGUAGUGGCAUGGGGAAUUCCUGUUAGGAAACGAGCUUGAGAAAUAAAGAAACCAUUCUCCAUGAUGUAUUAAAAUAAAAUAAACCUCAUGUUAGGGGAUACGCAAUCAAGACAGCCUUGACAUCCUGUAAACCUUUAUUGCUAUUUUAUAUAAGAAAAAUUGUCAGCAUGUUAAUGCUAA